AUAAACAAGGAGCGGGCCAAUCAGAGAGCUCGGUGGGACGUGACACAGCUGUCAGUCAGGCCUUUAUAAACUUUGUGAGGCUCGACUAGAGGCAGUUGUUUUCUCCUCAUCUCCUUGGACAAAGAAAAUACAUAGGAAGCCACAAUGCUGCCUUUAGCUGUGUUGGCAGUGUUGGCCGUGUGCCUUAGUGCAUCCCUAUCAGCCCCCAGCCUGGACCCUCAGCUGGAUGAUCACUGGGACCAAUGGAAGAGCUGGCAUACAAAGAAAUAUCAUGAGAAGGAGGAAGGCUGGAGAAGGAUGGUGUGGGAGAAGAACCUGAGGAAGAUCGAGCUGCACAACCUGGAUCACUCUAUGGGCGUGCACUCAUACCGCCUGGGCAUGAACCACUUUGGAGACAUGACGUACGAGGAGUUCAAGCAGAUCAUGAACGGCUACAAGCACAAGGCACAGAGGAAGUUCACCGGGUCCCUGUUCAUGGAGCCCAACUUCCUGGAGAGCCCCCGUUCUGUGGACUGGAGGGAGAAGGGCUACGUCACCCCCGUCAAAGACCAGGGUCAGUGUGGCUCCUGCUGGGCUUUCAGCACCACCGGAGCUCUGGAGGGUCAGCAAUUCAGGAAGACCGGCAAGCUGGUGUCUCUGAGCGAGCAGAACCUGGUGGACUGCUCCAGACCUGAGGGCAAUGAGGGCUGCAACGGCGGUCUGAUGGACCAGGCCUUCCAGUACGUCAAGGACAACCAGGGUCUGGACUCAGAGGACUCUUAUCCUUACCUGGGAACGGAUGACCAGCCGUGUCACUACGACCCCAGCUACAGCUCCGCCAACGACACCGGCUUCGUGGACGUCCCCAGCGGUAAGGAGCACGCUCUGAUGAAGGCCGUGGCUUCCGUUGGACCUGUCUCAGUCGCCAUCGACGCCGGACACGAGUCUUUCCAGUUUUACCAAUCAGGAAUCUACUACGAGAAGGAGUGCAGCAGCGAGGAGCUGGAUCACGGUGUGCUGGUGGUGGGUUACGGCUUCGAGGGAGAAGAUGUGGAUGGAAAGAAAUACUGGAUCGUGAAGAACAGCUGGAGUGAAAAGUGGGGAGACAAUGGCUACAUCAUGAUGGCUAAAGACAGAAAGAACCACUGCGGCAUCGCGACAGCAGCCAGCUAUCCUCUCGUCUAACCUUUGCACAGCUCCACUUUGUAGCACCAUAGUGUUUCGUUUUUUAAAUUUUUGCGAAUGUUUGGCUGAAGGCCGGAGGACGACGCUCCGGCCGGAGCGGCGAGCAUCGACAGGAGAUCCUGAGACGUGUCACGAGGAGAGAAAACACUGUUGUUUUUAGGGAAACGGCGCCAUUUGUGUUUUUGGCUGGUUUUAACACCACUUUAUUUUGUCUGAGAAGAUUUUAGUCAAGUGUUUUAUUCUUUGUAAAUAUGUGUAUGCUACUUGGUAAAGUGAAAUGUUAAAACCUGCUUCGGUCAUUGUAAAUGUUUUUUUUUCUACUUUUACUGUGAUCAAUUAAAGUUGUGAAACACUA